UCGCCCCAAACAGAACACUUCACAGAAGCCUCCCCCAACUGCUGCUGCGACGGACGAAGAAGAAGACGGACGAACCGCCAUCUCCAACUCCGGCGCUCCUCCAUCUCCGGCGACUCCACUCCGGCAACCCUCCAUAUUCAUCUUCAACACUCUUUACUCCUUAUUCUAGAUGGAUUUCUCAAGCUUCCCACUCGUGUGUCAUUGGGGAGGGAACUAUUAUGAGAAUGGUGGGAAAAUAUGCCAUGAAGGUGGCAGAACGAGCUUUGUCAUGGUUUCUCGUGGCGCUUGCAUGGUCGAGAUCCUUCAAAAAAUACAUGCAGCGACAAUGAUUCAUCCCGGCCGUUCAUUGCGGUUGAAAAUGAAAUUUCCCAUGAACGGGGGAAAGUACAUGCUUAUGCCGCUCAUUGAUGAGCUAGCUAUAACAAAUAUGUGGGGCAUAAUUCAGAUGGAGGAUAUGUCGUCGCUGGAGGUAUACAUUGAGGAAUGCUUUGACGCUAAUGCUACUCAAUCGACAUCAAAUGCUGGUGUAUCUAGGCAUGAUGUCAUUGCAGGGGUGAAUGCAGGGAAGUCGUCAAAGGUUCCUGUACUAGACAUGGUUAUACAGGAGGAUGGCAGGUAUUUGCACAACGGUGCAUCAUUUGUGGAUGGGCAGGGAAGUGAUGAUGAUGCAGACGAGAACAUCAAUGGUGACGACAUGACAGAAUCUGAUGAAGAUGAUGGUGAUACUGUGACAUCAACUGCCCCG